ACAUAAACUUAACUUAUGGUUGUAUUUUGCUUUUUGGUGAAUCAGACUAGAAAGAUCCGGCGGACGAAACCGGUGGCCGGAUCCUGUUCGCGGUGCGGCCGAGGAGCCAAAGUUGCCGACAUGUUAACAUCGACUAGAUUUUGCUACAUCCCUUUUCAUCGGAGAUCUUGGAAGGCAAUCAUAUGUACGUUCUGUGGUGCCACUCUUAAAACCUAUCGAUAAUUGAAUCGAUCAGCUGGUAAUCUAUGGUGAUUCGAAUCAAGUGAUUAGUGGUUGGAGGCUGAUACCAAUAUGUUUAGUUUUUUUUUUUUCGUCUUCUUGUUUACGAUUUAGUUGUAUAUUUAUAAGUUAUAACGACACAAUCCUUACAGGUUUCCUGGGUUCAAGUUCUAAGCUAGGGUCAGUGGCGUCUCUGAGAAUUCACAUACCCUGUUCGAACUCGAAAAAUGUGCUCAUAUGCUUUAACGAAAAUUGUUUUUUUAUUUUUAUUUUUUAAAAUCAUAUUAGUAUUGGGUUGGGCCCAAUAAACCUAAUGUUAUGUUGGGUAAAUUAUAAAGCAUAAAAAGUUAUUUGAUAAUGGGCCUCUAUAUUGAAUUUGUAUGUGUUUACAAAUUUUUUUUUUAAAGUAACAUAUAUAUAUCGAUAUUUUUUUAAAUCUCGUGCCCCUCAAAAUCAU